AUGUUCAAUUCUUCACAGCCCCAAGUAUCAAGCAUUCCUUCUUUUACAGCUACUUCAAAUAACUCCAAUAAUGUCGGUUUAUCGUAUGGGCAACCACAGCAAGGAUAUCAAUUUACACCAGCUGCACAGACAUUCAAUCAUACACCACAGUCCCAAACAUUGCAGCUACCGUUCCAACAACAGCAACAGCAGUUUAAUGUGCAACAACAACCACAACAAGUUGCGCAACAACAACAACAGUUACCACAACAGCCAUCGUGGUUUAGUAAUCCUAAGAAAAGAGCUAUCCCACAAAAUAUUGUCAAAAGAUCAAGUAAGCCAUAUUCUGAGGAUUCUGGAGCAGUCAUUCUUUCAUCUUCAGGUUCAUCUAAAACAGCUAACUCUACUUUUUCUGGCAGCAAAGGUCCAUUUGGCUCGAUUUCUUUUGGCUCCAAAAAGGCAAACUUUGCCCCCUCGGGAAAUGCGAUUUUAUCCUCAAAUACUACUCGCAACAACUCCUCUUUCUAUGGUGUAGGUAACUCCUCGCCUAUUUUAUCAGCUACAAAUAAUGCUUCAGCUAUGUCAUCCUCUGCCAUAAAUGGGGGUCUGUUUGAUUCUACUGAUGCACCACCAUCUAAAUCCUUAUUUGAUUGUGAACGUGAGGAUGAAUUUGGUAGUAUUUCUAUGGCUCCUACAGCAGCAUCAAGUGGACCAUUUUCUUCAACUACCAAUGCUGGUAAUAAUGGUAUUAGUAGUAAUAAAUUUAAUACAAUGAGUAGUAGCAGUAAUGUAUUUACCAGAGAUGAUAAUGUCCACUCCGCUAAUUCUAGCGAGAGUAGCGCAAAUAUAAAUAAUGGCAAAUUGUCUUCGACAAGCAAAAGCUCCCAACCAAAGUACUAUGCAAUUAUUGUUUUUGGAUAUCCGGAAUCUAUUUCUAAUCAAGUAAUUUCACAUUUCAGUAAGUUUGGUAAUAUCUUGGAAGAUUUUGAAGUUUGUCGUGAUGAAAAUUCCUCUUUAAAACUAAAAAGUAGUGUUAACAACAACAACAAUAAUAAUAAUAGUAAUAAUAAUAAUAAUAAUACUAAUAAUAAUAAUAAUAAUAAUAAUAGUGAUGGUUCAAAUUAUGGAAGAAAAUAUCCGAUAUAUGCAGGUAAUGGAUGGGUGAAAAUAACAUAUGAUAAUCAAACGGCUGCUAUACGUGCAUUACAAGAGAAUGGGACUAUUUAUGGUGGGACUUUAUUAGGAUGUGUUCCUUACUUUAAAGAUGUUAUCGAAAACUUGGCUCAAUGUAAAGUCGAUAAAGUAAUGGAUUCGAAUACAGGUAUUCCUUCUAUAAGUAAAAAGUCACAAAUAUUGAGUACUGAUAAAGAACAUAUUAAUGAUAACAACGGUAACGAUAAUAAAGCCAGUGAAGUUACAAAUGCCCCUUUGCAGCCUUUAUUGGGGAAAAAAUUAGAAGUAAAAGAUGGUAAGAAUUUGUUUGUUCGCAAUACAUCAGACUUCCAUUACAAUGGAGAUGGCAUAAAAUAUAAUAAUAACGGUGAAGUUGGACAUGGUGCGAUAUUUAAGACUUUGGAAAAUAAUUUACAAAAAGAUAUAGAAAUUAUCUCCCAUAAAAAAACCGGUCUCACAGGGAAAUUAAAUAAUUGGUUAUUUGGUUGGGGUGAAUUAUAA